UUAAGCUACCAAUUAUUUACAGUAAUUCGAAAUAUAGUAUUCUUUGUCUGUUAGUGCUGCUUUCGGACUCCCUAUGAGUUUUGUGCAUUUUCAUAUUUUGUACUCUUAGGGACGCUGUUGGCCAGUGGUAGGUAGUUUCACUGCAGAUUUCAGCAGCGCCUCCCAGGUCAUUUAUAUUUGCGAGAAGCUAGGCUGACACAAUGGACACCGCUAGAUACCGAAAACUGAUCACGGGCAAAGAAACUGGAAAUAUAUUGACCGAAAUUUCUGUGGUUUUUCAUUAGUCAUCGAUUGUUUGGGAUACGACUGUCUCUUUAACGGAUUUUCCUUUUUUUGUUUUAUUCGGUUUGAUCUUCAUCGAAACAAUGAGACGGCAAGUACUGUGUUUUUUCUCGAUGCUUUUUGUCAGCCCAGUGUUUGGGCAGGUCAGCUAUUCAAUUCCCGAGGAAAUGUCAAAAGGCUCGUUGAUUGGCACUAUAGCACAGGAUUUAGGUUUAGAUUUAAAACGCCUGAAGACAGGGAAAGCUCGCUUGCAUGUAGGAAACGGCGCUGAAUAUAUCGAGUUGAAUAAAGAAAAGGGUCUCCUUCUCGUCAAAGAGAGAAUGGACAGGGAGGCGUUAUGCAAACAAACGACUCCUUGCGCUUUACAUUUCCAAAUCAUUCUGGAAAAUCCCAUCGAGUUCUUUCGCGUUACGAUGGAAAUAACCGAUAUAAACGACAACGCCCCAAAAUUUAAAAUGAGUAAUAUGCUAUUUGAGAUUAGCGAAUUGGCUGUAAGGGGUUCCAAAUUUAUAUUGGAGAAAGCAUUUGAUUAUGAUGUCGGUAUAAACGGACUAAAGAGCUACUCCCUAAAUCCGACGGAUCAUUUUGUUUUAAAACUCAACGACAAUGCGGCUGGAGAAAAGGAGGUAGAGAUGGUCUUGGAAAAACCUCUCGAUCGGGAGGAAAUACAGCAUCUCACGUUAACACUAACAGCCUUCGACGGAGGGGAACCUCAGCUGUCAGGAACAGUUCAAAUUCAUGUUACUGUCUUGGAUGCAAAUGACAAUGCUCCUUUGUUUACGCAGUCAACUUAUAAAGCAAGUUUAAUGGAAAACUCCGAAAAGGGAACUUCAUUAAUGACUGUGACAGCCAGAGAUAGAGAUCAAGGAAUGAAUGGUAUCGUAACGUACUCCAUUUCCAGUAACAUUGAGGGAAUUUUCGAUUUAUUUGAAAUAAAUGCGACCAGUGGUGAGUUACGUUUGAUUGGCAGAAUAGAUUAUGAAAUAUCAAAACAUUAUCAGCUUGAUGUUAAAGCACGAGAUCAAGGGGGGCUUACUGACUCAUGCAAAAUAAUUUUGGACAUUAUCGAUGUAAAUGACAAUAUUCCAAUAAUAGAUUUAAUGUCAAAAACACAUUCUAUUCCAGAAGAUUCGACGUUUCAAACAGUUGUUGCUGUUAUGAAUGUCAAUGACGCUGACUCGGAUAUUAACGGAGAAGUUAAAUGUUUUUUGAGUGACAGUUUCACUUUUGUCAUUGAAAAUACAUCACAUGGUUUCUACAGCAUACGAACCAACAGUGAAUUGGACAGAGAAGUCACUUCUCAGUAUAAUAUAACUGUGACCUGCUCUGAUGAAGGAGUCCCCUCCCUCUCCAGCAGCGUCACUCUCACCUUACAGAUCUCUGAUGUUAAUGAUAAUUCGCCUCUUUUUGAGAGGAGCUCAUAUGAGGCCUAUAUUGUAGAAAACAACACACCAGGUCUCUCUGUAUUCACAGUAAAAGCCAGAGAUGCUGACUGGAACCAGAACGCGCGUGUUUCUUACAUACUGGAGGACUCCUCUGUUAACGGAGUGCCAGUCUCCUCGUAUGUGUCCGUUAGUGCUGAUAGUGGAGUCAUCCACGCAGUACGCUCUUUUGACUACGAGCAGAUCAAAGUUUUCCAAUUCCGCGUCAAAGCGCAAGAUGGAGGCUCUCCUCCACUCAGUAGCAACGUGACUGUGAAAGUGCUGAUCCAGGACCAGAACGACAACCCUCCUCAGGUUCUGUACCCGGUCCAGACUGGAGGCUCUCUGGUGGCUGAGAUGGUUCCUCGUUCAGCAGAUGUGGGCUAUCUGGUCACUAAAGUGGUGGCUGUUGAUGUGGACUCUGGACAGAAUGCCUGGCUCUCCUACAAACUGCAGAAAGCCACAGACAGGGCGCUGUUUGAAGUGGGCUUACAGAAUGGAGAAAUAAGAACUAUCCGCGGAGUUACUGAUAAAGAUGCAGUGAAACAAAGACUGACUGUAAUCGUGGAGGAUAACGGGCAGCCCUCUCGUUCAGCUACGGUCAUUGUUAACGUGGCGGUGGCGGACAGCUUCCCUGAAGUGCUGUCGGAGUUCACUGACUAUACACAAGACAAGGAGUACAAUGACAACUUAACCUUCUACUUAGUGUUGGCUUUGGCUGUAGUUUCCUUCCUCUUCAUCACGUGUUUAGUGGUUAUUAUAUCAGUGAAGAUCUACAGAUGGAGGCAGUCUCGCGGCCUGUAUCACUCCAAUCUCCCUGUGAUUCCGUAUUAUCCACCACGUUACUCAGACACUUUGGGGACAGGGACUCUCCAACACGUGUACAACUACGAGGUGUGCAGGACGAAUGACUCCAGAAAGAGUGACUGUAAGUUCGGCACAGUCGGUAGUCAGAACGUGCUGAUAAUGGACCCCAGUUCUACAGGAACGAUGCAGCGGAUACAAAGUGAGAAGAACAUCCUGGAUGAACCAGACGCUCCACAAGAGGUUAGACCAUUUUGA